UUUAGAACAAUGGUAGGAUGUGCAGCUCAAGACUGCAGAAAUUCUUAUGAAAAAGGAUAUCUUAUGAGAAGAUUCCCAAGUGAUCCACAACGUAGAAAUGAAUGGGCGAAAAAUGUUGCCCGUGGUUCUAAUUGGGUACCAGCAAAACAUGCAUCUUUAUGCGAGGUGCAUUUUGCUCCCGAAAUGUGGGAGCAGCGAAGAUUAGACAAUAAACCAAAAUUAAAACCAAAUGCUGUACCAACUAGGUUUGGAUCUGCUGCAAAAGAAAGAACAUUUGUUCGGGUUAAGCAAAAUAAACAAAAUGUAUUUGAAGGCAAUGAAAAUGGUGAUACUGUUGGUCUAAAUAUUAACUAUUCAGUAAUAGACGAUAUUCAAAAUAACGAGGAUGAAUUUAUUUUGCCGGAUCAAUCAGAAAACUUUCAACAAAUAUCUACACCAUUACAGACAUCAUCUGGAGUCAUGAAUAAUUUACAAGAAGUGGUGAUUAAAGUCGAGGAAGAAAAUGAGAGCCUGUUUAUUUCGCCCGAUCAAUUAGAAAACUAUCAAGACGUAACUCUUCCAUCUGGAGACUUAAAUAAUGAACAACAAAGGUGGAUUCAGCUCCAGGAAGAAAGAGUGGUGAUGAAGUUUGAAGAAGAAUGUGAUAGACAGUUUAUUAUGCCGGAUAAUUCAGAAAAUUAUCAGCAAUUGUCUGCUUCAUUUGGAGACAUAAAUAAUAUACAAGAAAAACUGAUUAAAGUCGAGGAAGAAAAUGAAAGACAGUUUAUUUUACAAUACCAACUAGAAAAGUUUCAACGAAUGGCUAAUCCAUUGCAAUCUUCACCUGGAGACAUAAAUAACGUACAAACCAAAUUGACCAAGCUCGAGGAAGAAAAUGCAAGACAAUCGAAGGAAAUAGAACGAUUAUCCAAAGCUGUCGGAGGAAAACAAUUCCAAUUAAUGGCUCUACGAAAAGCUUUAAAGAGCGAAAAAGACAAUGUACGAACAUUAAAAGAACGUAUUAAUAAUGAUAGAUAUAAAUUGGCUCUUUGUAGAAUAUUUACAGAUGAUCAGGUUCAAUCAUUAAUUUAUGAUCGAACUCCAUGGAAAUGGUCUACGGAAACAAUUAAACGUGCUCUAGAAAUAAAACGAACUUGUGGCGUCCAUGGAUAUGAGUUACUACGUAAACAAAAAAUUCCUCUUCCUGAUUUACGGACUAUUCGACGCUUUUUACAAAGUAACAGAUCCCAGUCGAAUGAGAAUGAAUGCACUUCCGACUUUUUAGAAUUGUCAUGGAUGAUAAAUGCAGACGAAGAAAGAGAAUAUAUAGAAAGUAAUCCUAUGUAAGAUCAAUCUCCAAGGCAGUGGUGGUCUAUUGAAACGGACCCAACAUGCACUCUGCAAAUAAAAAUUAUGGAGAAAGGAAAGUCGUGGAUUAUUGGAAGGGUGCGUGUCUCCUCUAAUUCCCAUGUGAGCAUAAUAAUUGAAGAUACAAGGCUUCCGACUGACAAGACUCCAAAUGUAUGUAAACAACAAUUGGUAAAAUAAAUUUUGUUGAUAAAAGAGCGCUUCUAACGAAUAGAUAAUGAAACAUUCUGUCCCAGCUAUUCCGCUUAAAUUCUGAACGUAUUAAUUAAUUAUUGAUUGCUUUAAAAGGAUCGUUGAUUGAUCUUAAUUAAUUGCUCUAAAUUUUUUUUAAAUCUCGCUUUUAGAAAAUUCAUAUUGAUGAUGAAUUCGCAGAAUAGUUGUUAAUAAAUUUCUAUUUUUUAUCGUUUUGAUUACAAUCGCAACAGCUAUAUAAACUUAUAAAGUAAACCUUCAGCGCAGGGGGCAACGACUGAACAACUAUGUCCCACUAUUCGAAGUUAGGAAAAAACGAUCCAUUAAGCAUUUGUGAAAAUCAAACUGGAACAAAGAUUCUAGACAUAAUACUCGUUGCCAAAU